AUGGGCAACCAUUUCCAAGGCACCGAAUUUUCUAAUGUGAGCUCGCAUGACCUUAAUAUUAUCCUCCGUACUGUACACCCGGGAAAGGAACAACUGAAGCUUGAUGGGGGAGUCGGAAACACGAAACGGCAAUGCUUCAUCUUUGUGAUCUGCGACCUCCCCCCAAUGCACAGAGAGCCUAUUAGCCGAAGGGAAACGGGCGCCACACUUUACACAUUUGUAUUUCUUCUUACUGGACGAGCAGAGCAACCUCCGAGAAAAGGGCAGCCUCGGAGUGCAAGAGCAUGGGUUGAUGCUGCGAAGGAGAAAUGUGGACGGAAAAUCCUAGUAUUUGAAACAUCCGUAGCUUCUGGAAUCCUUGCACUGUAUCUGAUGCUGAUGAAUUUUACGAGUCCACACCGAAGGACUACUAUAGUAGGAGGAUCACUGGCUCGUCCAUUAGCACCAUGUUUCAAAUUCUCUCAGCAAAGACUAUUGACUGGAGGUGCACCAUGCUACUGUCAUGCAAGAGGAUCAGCUUACUCUCCGGACCUUUUGGAGGCACCAUUACGGUGCUUUCGUCAGGAUACAUAA